AUGUUCUCACGCUCUGCUCUCCGGAGCCUCGCCUCCGACCUGCGCUGGACUGCGCCCUCUACCAUUUCAUCCGCAGCUCCCCUUCAGCAACGAGCAUGCCUGCACCAAAGUGCCACUUUGAUGAACUCGCAACAACCCCAGAGCCAAUCGUCAUCCACCCACCCCGAAUCACCUCUCAGCGCCACUCCCCGGGCCCAAGAUUCCCAACCAAAGGCUAGCCGGCCCUACACCUUCGACGAAACCACCAUGACACCCCAAACACGCGCAGAUGUCCCCAUUGCGAAACAACCCGUCGCCCCGACCUUCACCUCCCCUCUCAAAGUGACCAAAUCCCUCAUGUCCCAGCUCCCCCACCUCGCCGGCCAGAAGCCGCACUACGUCGUCGCUCAAUUGCACGCUCGACCAUAUCUCUUGACCGAAGGUGAUCACAUCCGUCUGCCCUUCCUCAUGCCCAACGUCAAGGCCGGUGAUAUCCUCCGCUUCAACCGCGCUUCCGCUAUUGGAUCCCGCGAAUUCACCAUGAAGGGCACGCCGACUAUCGACGAGCGUAUGUACGAGUGCCGGGUCCGUGUGACGGGUGUGGAUGCGGAGCCGCUGCGCAUCAAGGAGAAGACGAAGCGGAGAAACAGACACGUCAAGCAGGCUAAGAGCAAGCACCGUUACACGCUGAUGCGCGUCAUGGAUGUGCGCGUCAAGACGCCGGAUGAGUUGUUGGCGGAGGGUGCGGUGGUCGUCGAGGAUGGCGAGGACAGCUCGGUAAUUGAACCCCGGUCAUAA